AUGACGGGUGCGCUCGCUUGGCAGGUCACCCAAUUGAAUAAAAAAGGAAUCGUUUUGUGUUUCAGGGGGAAGUUCGCACGGGGGAUUUGCCCGGGUUCUUCCCUCUGCUGUCUCGCGUCUCUCUGUCUUCACCCUCUUCCCUUUCUCCAUCCUUGUCUCGGUUAUGCCUUACUGUGCUACAAAGCUCGAGCUUUUCUCUGCCCGACUAUCAAAGAGGUUGUUUACAAGGGCGCAUCUAUCAAUCAGCAUCACAGUAACAUCCUUGUCGCCGAGUGCGAUUCGAUCGGCAACCUAAGGUACUUUCUACCCUACCAGGUCACUACUUACCAUAUUCGAUUCUAUCUUGAUUCUCGACAUUAG